AUGUUUGAAUAUAAAUUUGAUUUCUUUAAGGAGAAUGAUUUUAGAGAUAUCAUAGUAAAUUACGCUCUCUCCGAAUCCUCCACAUCGAUCAAUUUUAAUUUGAAUAUUAAUGAUGAAUUAUCAAAAAUUCGCAUUACACUACAAGAGAAUAAUAGCUUUUUUAAGAAGAAUCCGUUUUCAUUUUCACGAAAACUCGAUGUUAAGGAAACUGAUUUAACUGAAUCUGUCGAAAUCAGUCGUGAGGAGGAGGGUAAUGUUAGGUUAAGUGAGAUUAUUGAAAUGGUUGAUAAUCAAAUUAUUUCUUUAUAUUUAAUAAAAAGUUCGACUUAUGAUUGGAAAGAUUUAAAUGAUUUGUGUAAAUUAGAUUUUGGUCGAACCACGACUUUUGAUGGAAUUAAGAUCGCUGAUGAGAGAGCUUUUGUAAUGAAGGAUUGUGAAAUGAUUAAAAUUGGUGCUAUAGGAUGUGAUCAUCGAAAAGUUGUAAUUCAAUCAGUUGAAGAACGUGUCAUGAUUGAAAAUUUAUUUUUUAGUAGCGAUAAUUAUGUACAUGAUUUCAUAAAUUUGGAAACAUCUGAUGAAAGAUCAAAAAAUGAACAAAAUCAUUCCUAUCGUUUUACAGAGUUUGGUAAGGUAUCCUUAGAACUUUGUGAUCGUUUAGAACCAACUUCAGAGUUCAUUAAAGCGGUGGAAGAUGCCUUAAAUUCUAAAGAAGCUAUGAAAUUUAAACAUAUUACUGAGAAAUUUGGUCAAUUCGUUCCAACUAAAAUCAUCUUGGGUGGAAGAGCUUAUUAUAGAGAAUCAUGUCGAUCUGAAUGUUUUAAAUUGAUUGGAGGAAAACAACCCGUCAGCCUUAAAGACUUUAAUGAAAAAGAUUGGAUUAAAUCUUUAAAGGAUUUUAGAAAUUGGGAUUGCAUAGAAUUUCAAAACCCGAUUGGAAUUUUUCAACUUUUACCUGAUAAUUUGCGUAAACAAAUCAUUUCAUUUUUAGGGAAAAGAAUUCUUUAUUCAAUCAUUGAGGACCGAGAUUUUCAACUCGAAGAAAUUGGAUAUCCUAAAAUCAUUGAAUUAAAUAUGCCGGAAUUUAUUUCAGAGAUGAUUCAAGACAAGGAAACUGAUUGCAACAUCUUUGCAACGGUCGUUGAUAAAGGUAGUGAUUUUUAUAAUUCAAAUGAUGAUUUUUUUAACUGUCAGGUCCUUCAUUCGCCGGGUGCAGAUCCAAGACUUAUUAUUCAUUGUAUUCAAAAGGGGGUUAAAAAGCGUAAAUGCAAAUUAAAGAUCGGAUGGAUGGUUAUUGGUUAUUAUAAAGAUUUAAAUUUGAUCCUUACCGAUUUUGAUGUUCAAUUGAAAAUCAUUGAAACGGAUUUUAAUGACAACGCACAAGUCAUGUAUUAUAAGGAAUAUUUAAAUUUGGAACAUGAUGAUGAUUCAUUAAACAAAAAAAUUCCUUGUAUCGGAAUUCCUGUAAUAGACAGAUUGGAUUCUUCUAAUAGGUCUCUCGUCAUUGGACAUCAUUUUUUCGAUGAUCAGGAAGGAGAUCGAAUUGGAACGUUCACAUUUUCUUACUGCUCGGAUAAGAAACAUUUCGAUUGUUUACCUAAAUUCAAUUUUUAUACACUUGCAAUUUUAAAUCAUCACCCCAAGAAUUACGGUACACUUCAUUUUGAGCAAAAACCAUAUAUCGAACUUGAUAAUUCUAUAAAACCAAAAUAUAUUAGUUUAUUUUCCACCAGCGAAUAUAAUUGUGGUCCGAUUUUUCUUCAACAUAAAUCUAAUCGAAUUGAGAUGAAGGACGUUGAUUGUAUUUCACAAGAACAAAUUGAAUGUAAUUUCUUUGAUCCAUACGAUAGUCAAGCCCAGCGUUUAGCGAUGAACAAAAAUCUUUAUGCCGCCUAA